GACAAAGCACGACGCAUCCGUCGCACUCAGCCCGAAAGAGCACCGACCCGAGAGACUGUGCAUCCUCCCGCCGGCAAGAGUGGGGGCCGUUCCGAUGGCGUCGUCCAGCAGCGGCCUCACGUUCAAGCUCCACCCGCUGGUGAUCCUCAACAUCUCCGACCACUACACCCGCGUCAAGUCCCAGCUCCACCCGCCACCCUCCGCGCACCACUGCGCCCCCGCCGCCGCCGAUCCGUUCGCCCCGCCGGCCCCGGCGGCGGCCGAUCCCCCGAGGGUGUACGGGUGCGUGAUCGGGGUCCAGCGGGGCCGCACCGUCGAGAUUUUCAACAGCUUCGAGCUCCUCUACGACCCCGCCACCCACUCGCUCGACCGCGCCUUCCUCGACAAGAAGCAGGAGCUCUAUAAGAAGGUCUUUCCGAAUUUCUAUGUGCUCGGAUGGUAUUCAACGGGGAGCGAUGCCGAGGAAUCCGAUAUGCACAUUCACAAAGCUUUAAUGGAUAUCAAUGAAAGCCCUGUCUAUGUUCUUCUCAAUCCUUCAAUUAAUCAUGCCCAGAAGGAUCUACCUGUUACUAUCUACGAAAGUGAGCUGCAUGUCAUAGAUGGGAUUCCACAACUUAUAUUUGUCCGAGCUAGCUACACCAUUGAGACGGUAGAAGCAGAAAGGAUAUCGGUCGAUCAUGUAGCUCAUCUAAAGCCAUCUGAUGGAGGUACAGCGGCAACUCAGUUGGCUGCUCACCUCACGGGAAUUCACAGUGCCAUCAAGAUGCUGAAUAGCCGAGUUAGAGUGCUUCAUCACUACCUUCUUGCAAUGCAGAAAGGUGAGAUUCCUUGUGAAAAUUCUCUGCUGAGACAAGUAUCUAGUCUUCUCAGAAGAUUGCCAGCUAUUGAAUCAGGGAAAUUUCAGGACGACUUUUUGAUGGAGUACAAUGAUACGUUGCUGAUUACUUACCUGGCCAUGCUCACCAACUGCUCAAGCACAAUGAACGAACUAAUUGACAAAUUCAACACCGCUUAUGACAGACACAGUAGGAGGGGAGGAAGGACCCCUUUCGUUUGAAAUAUUCCUUGUUUCUCUUGGACCGAUUGAUUAUGGUUCUCCAUCUGUCCCGGCAUUGUGCUUGAUUUGUGGCGUACUGUCAAAGUCUAGGCUUGUGCAUGACGCAAGCAAUCAUGGCUAACGCAUAUCGAGUAUGUUUCAACCAAGGCCCAUACCGCAUAGAAGAUGGGAUCAGGGAGAUGAAAUCGAAAUCUGAUAGAAAUCUUUAUACAUUUGCACUUUACUAAGGUUCUCUCACUAUUUGCUUGGGUUGUUCGGUCCUCCUGGGCAUUUUCGUAGUUCCUGGGGCUAACGAUAGUGAAAUGGGGAACCUUGCUAAAAGAUUUUCAUAAUUUACAGGCAUGUUUUGACCUUUGGUGUUGCCUUGAGAUGAUGUUCUGGUAUAGCUUUUAGCGUCUUGUAGUGAUUCUAUAUGUUUUUUUUUUUGGUAAGAGUAGUGAUUCUAUAUGUUAACUUAAUGGAUUUUGAGCUUUGGCGCCAAACUUGUCUACUUGGAUCCUGUAUACGGCU